UGGUAUUCCCUCUGACAAGCAACUGUGGGAUUAUCUAAAUAGUGCAGAGAUGUGUGUAUAUCUCCUUGGUCACCUCUGAAAACAUUCUCCAUUAACCCUUUCCACCUCUGAGACUGUGUUAUAGUCCCGUACGAGCGCUGAUUUGUAUUCGGCCAGCUCUGUCUCACGGAAUAAUGUUAACGUCUGUGGCUUUGAGUAGAGCUGCACAACGAACUUGCCAGCUAAGCUAACUCGCUAGCCCGUUAGCAGCCUCGGUUCGACGACAUAAUAGGCUGCUGUGCUUCUGGGAACACGGUGUCCUCGUCGUGUCAGAUCAACCCAGCGCUAAUCCGGGAUAAUAUCGACGAUCUUCACUUUAUGUUUCACGGUUGUUGUGUAAUCGUCUGCCCCGGUCACAGGAUGGAGUAGCAUUAGCUCACUUAGCCAGUCACCGGUGUCUUCUCCGCUCUGCUCUCAUUGCGCUGGCUAAAAAUACACUUUUUGUCCCAUGCUCAGCUCGCCUCUAAAAGUGGUGGCCUAGUCCACGUUGAACUCGUCUUCGGCUUUUCUAUUCACCUUGCUCGGAGUCUGGCACUCUACAUGGUCACCACACUGAGUUUAAACCCACUGGAAGAGCGAGUCGGACCCCGAGGUUGUGAGCCCUGCUGGCCCGAUCUAACGUUACAUCGAAAGUGGACAUCAGGUCCCCGAGUGAACCGAUCUCUGACCGGUGGCCGAACAUCCUUUUGCCCCAAUGGCCUCGUUCUGUCCUAAAUAGUAAUAUAAAGGAGCCUUGGUCCAGUCCAGGGUUGCGAGACCGAAACUGUGAGAAGGUCAGAGAAAAACGCGUUGUGUCUCAACUGUCUGAGAUUGGCGAGGCAGACUUCCUCUGUCCGGAGCACAGCACCAUGUCGGAGGACAACAACGCAGACAAGUUCAUCAAGGAGACGUCCAUUCUAGACGAGUACAACAUUAACUGGACACAGAAGUUGGGAGCCGGCAUCAGUGGACCUGUCAGAGUUUGUGUGAAGAAGUCCUCUCAGGAGCGCCUGGCCCUGAAGAUCCUCAUUGACCGCCCCAAGGCCAGGAAUGAGGUGCGUCUCCAUAUGAUGUGUGCCAACCACCCAAAUAUAGUGCAAAUCCUGGACGUUUACGCCAACAGUGUCCAGUUCCCGCACGAGUCCAGCCCGAGAGCGCGGCUCCUAAUUGUCAUGGAAAUGAUGGAGGGUGGCGAGCUGUUCCACAGAAUCAGUCAGCACAGGCACUUUACUGAAAAGAUGGCCAGUCAGGUCACUAAACAGAUCAGUCAAGCCUUGGAACAUUGUCACUCCCUAAAUAUUGCACAUCGCGACCUGAAGCCAGAGAACCUGCUCUUUAAGGAUAACUCUCUGGAUGCACCUGUGAAGUUGUGUGACUUUGGCUUUGCCAAAAUUGAUCAAGGAGACUUGAUGACCCCUCAGUUCACUCCCUACUACGUAGCACCGCAGGUACUUGAGGCUCAAAGAAGACACCAAAAAGAAAAGUCCGGAAUUAUACCCACUUCACCUACUCCUUAUACCUAUAACAAGAGCUGCGACUUGUGGUCUCUCGGUGUGAUCAUCUACGUGAUGCUGUGCGGCUACCCUCCGUUCUACUCCAAGCACCACAGUCGCACCAUCCCAAAGGACAUGAGGAAGAAGAUUAUGACGGGCAGCUUUGACUUCCCUGAAGAUGAGUGGAGCCAGAUCUCUGAAAUGGCCAAGGACAUCGUACGCAAGCUGCUGAAGGUGAAGCCAGAGGAGAGGCUGACCAUCGAGGGAGUCUUGGCUCACCCGUGGCUCAACUGCACCGAGGCCCUCGACAACGUGCUGCCCUCCGCCCAGAUGAUGAUGGACAAGGCGGUAGUUGCUGGUAUCCAGCAGGCCCAUGCGGAGCAGCUGGCCAACAUGAGAAUUCAGGAUCUGAACGUCAGCCUGAAGCCUUUAAACUCUGUCAACAACCCAAUCCUCAGGAAGCGGAAACUACUCGGCCCAAAGCCCAGUGACGGUUUCUUCAUUCACGACCCGGAGAACGGAGGAGAAGACUCCAACGUCGCGCUGGAAAAGUUACGAGAUGUCAUUGCACAGUGUAUACUACCACAAGCUGGAGAAAACGAGGAUGAGAAGCUGAACGAGGUGAUGUAUGACGCCUGGAGGUUCAACAGAGACUGUAAACAGCUGAGAGACGGCCUGCAGGGGCUCAGCUGGGACGGACGAUCCUUCUCCGAUAAAGUCGACCGCUUGAAGUUGGCUGAAAUAGUGAAACAGGCCAUUGAAGAGAAGACGAAUCUCCAAGAAUCUCAUUAGCGAACGCUGUCUUUCUAUCUUCUUUUUAUAUUGUUUAAUAUGACCCUUUUUAACCCAUAUCUGUAAAGAGGCUUUUUUUUAUGUAAAAUAAUGCACUCAUUUUUCUUUUCUUUUUUUUCAUGAAUUCACUUGCAAGACCUAUUGUACAGCUGUAGAUAUAUUUCAAAGAGGACUCGUGGGUACUAUCAUUUUUUUUUUCUAAAUGGAAACUUGCAAAGAACAUUGAAAAAAACUAUAUUUUCAUUUUUGCAAAAAAAAGAGAAAAGAAGAUAAAAAAUCAGUUAAAGAAAUUAUUUUCUGGGAGGGAAUUUUUAUUAGCUGAUUGUCCAAGGCGUCACAUGUUUUAUCACAGUUAUUUCAUUUUAUUCUGUUUUUAUUUGAACCAUCCUAAUUUAAUUUAUUUAAACAAAGAGUUCCAUUAUUUUAUACCUUACUUGUAGCCUGGCAGUGGGCUCUAAAGUCAAGUCAAGCUGUCUCCGUUUGCUCUUCCACACACUCUGAUUCUGAACGUUUAAAUUAUAUCAAUCCUUUUUUUUUUUUUGUGUAAAACCAUGACCUUUUUGUUGUAUAGAGGUCAAGGCAGACUGGAAAUGGAGGUGAGAAAGUGUCAAGAAUGGACGAAUUACAUCCCCAAAUGAAUUUAGUCAAAACCGUUAAUUUCUUUUAAGCUAGUAAGAGAUCAAAGCAGACUGAACAGACAUAAACACAAUGGUGCAGUUAGAUGUUAACCUAAGGUCCACUUACUAGCUUUUUAUGGAGCUUUUAACUGCCUCACAAUCUUCUUUAGAAGACGCUGUUUUUUUUAAGAUACGGUUGAAAGCUCCAGUUAAGUUUAGACUUUAUUGUCAAAUAAUUUCAGAGGUCAAAAAUGAACUUUCAGGCUCAACUGGAUCCAUGUAGGUUUCACGAACUAGUUCGACUCAUACACAUGAAGUGAAGUUUGUGUCUGGCAGGUACAAGGAAGUGAAUUAUUUUAUGUAAAGGCUUUUUACAUGUCUUCCCGUUUCUAAUGUGAUGGUGAAAGGUCUUAAGGUCAGUCUUCAGCUAACGUUGUUGAGGCACAGCCUGAGCUGCUUUGACUUAAACUUGUAUUUACUGGAAUUCAGACCAGAGUCCGUUAACAUUUUAAAGGAAGACUGCUUGCUACCUGAGCCAACAGAAACGAUAACCGGUUUCAUUCUGAUAAAGCUUGCAGUGCUACUGAAUGUGCAAUAAUGUAAUCAUUUAUUCAUAGUGUAUGCAUGUACAUGGUAGAGAGAUAUGAUCCGUCAGUCCGUCAGUAUUCAUUUCAAUGGUCUGAAUACCAGCAAAUACUCCCUCCCUUCACUCAUCCUCAUCCUUUAGUUGUAAAUAAUGUCAUUGGUUAGCCAAUAGUGACAUUUCCUCUCGUGCUCCAGUCAUAUCUGAAUUUAUUUCUUCAAAGAGGGGUUGAAAGAAGGGACUCUUGUUCAGUGCCUGAUUAUUUCUUCCAUAAUGUUGUCUGUUUAUUUUGAAAGUCCUCAGAAUUUAUGAAAUUCCCCUUUGCUGAGGUCUUAUCUUUAUAAGAAUAUACAUGAAAAGAUACGUCUAUUCGGAGUCUUUAGCAAACAUUGGAGGAAUAUAUUGAUGCUGUCCAGUAAAAAAACGUAAAAACAUAAACUGAAUAAUCAGGUGUUCUGUUAAGGGUUGAUGAAAACCUAUUUGAUUAUCUGUAAAAUGCAUCGUCUCAUAGCUAAAAAUCACCUGCUAGCUUAUGGCUAGGUUGACGUUCUGGAGACACAGUACAGUGAUGAUCUGUAGGCUGAUCUGUAAGGGCCAUACAGCCUCUCUUAAAGUCUUAAUGAUAACCACAGCUUGUGUUUGAAAAGGCCUUAUUAUCACAUGAAUAAGUUUUACGCUCAAAUGUGCCUUGUCGACGAGCUGGCAUCUUCAUUCUCGUAUCAGAGAAACUGAAUUACAGGAUGAAGGGGACAUUGUUGUAUGGAUGUGUUGGUAUUGGUCCUUUUGGCUUUGAUUUGCUUGUUUUCAUGUAACGAAAUGAAGGCUUUCAUUCCACAAAUAAUCGUAGCCUACUGGUUUGGCAACAGUUUGUUGACAUGAAUAUAUAGUUGCAUAUCUGGUGAAACUCUGCUGUCUUCAAAAAGAAGAGGUUCAUCUUUUGGUUUGUGGCUCAAGACAACCCCUUGUUUUACUACUGACACAUUAAGGGAAUACUUCAACAUUUUUGGAAAUGCCCUUAUUUGCUGUCUGGCCGAGUGUUAGCAAAACUUGCCAAUAAGCUGUGGCUAGCAGCCGGUUAGCUUAGCUUAACAUAAAGACGGGAAACAAUUAGCCUGGGAACAGAAUCUGGCCUCAAGGACCUCAACACAUCACAUCACAGUUAUCAACACGUCAUGUAUCCGCUUUUUCUGAAUCACGUUAAGAAAUUGACUUGUAAAAUCAACAAUUGGUCCUUUUACCCAGGUUAAGGUGCCAGUCGGACCAUUACAUUUUUACAAAUUUCCCCCUGGGGAUGAAUAAAGUACAUAUCUAUCUUCUUAAUCGAGCACAUUUAAUCUGCUAGUUUUUGGGUCUGAGACAAAAAAAAGAGUCGGGCAUUAAAUAGUGACUUUACAGACUUUUAUUUAGAUUCAAAUCGUUGAGAUUUUUACAUUUAAGAAGUUCAUUCUUGAGCUUCAGAGGUCCCGGUGUGUUAUAUUUAAUCGAACAAUAUGGUAGCGAUGUAAAUCUUCUCAUCCCCGCCACAAAGCAAAUCAAGCAUAUUUGUCAAAAUGUCAAACUGUUGCUUUAAUGUGCAGCCGUCAAGUUUGUUAAAAUGCACAGAAUCAACAGCUCUUUACUUAAAGUGGAGCUAAUGCUGCAGUUUUGUUUUACUUUGACCGUGUGUGUGUGUGUGUGUGUCUGGUUCAGUCCUACCGUGUAUUAUUGGAGGCCUAUAAAUUAAUCAGAACUGCUUCUUUUAAAUCUCCUCCUGCACCCACAAAUAACAAUCCUUUUGCUACCCGAGUGAGCAUUGUUGUUGAAGGUCAGUGUAUUUAUCUGAAUUUCGUACUGCUAAGUCGAGCCAUAAAUCUUGAUACUGAUACUCCUAACAAUGAAAACCCCAGGGGAAAGUCUGCUGCUCAGUCUGGCUCAGUAUUCCUAAAUAAAUCCCAGAGGGGCGGCUGGUUCUGAAGAUGCUCCCUCUCUCCUCGCAUCCUCUCACUGAGUAGUUGCUGCUGCAGGAUGCCCUCAGUCUGACAUUCGGCUUCAGACAUGCAUCACAAAUGUUAAAAAGCUUCCACUAGUCACUUCCUCUCUCUUAUCUGCUCAGUGAAGAGGGACCAGAUUUCAGAUUUUUAUACCAGGACAGAUUUCUUGUGCCCUACAUGGAUGCUGACUGAGGAGAAAUAACCUUGUUUUGACCUGAACUGAAAGGCAGUGAAAUGGUUUUAGUCAGCACUUGCUACUCUUGAUAAAUACCAGUUGCUUCCUCUGCUGUGUGUGUACAAAGAGGUGGGUUUUAUAUCUUUUUGAGCAAUUCCUGUUUAUGUUAAGUCAGGAAGAAAUGUUUAAGAGUUAGGGGCCUUCUCUCUGUUUGAACGAUCUGUUUCUUUUCUCUCUCUGGCCUGGCAGUUAUGUAGCAUGUACCUGAAUCCCUCACGAGAGACUUGCUGUAUUUGUCUACAUCUAUUUUUUUGCCCUUUCUGCCUUCUUUGGAACAUCAUCAACAUGCUGACUUUGUAAUAAAGGAAUUCUUUGACUUUU